AUGAGUCUUCAGUGGACUAUUAUUGCUUCAUUUCUGUACGCAGAAAUAGCAUUCGUACUAUUGCUAACUUUACCGAUUGCAAGUCCUGCAAGAUGGAACAAGUUUUUCAAAUCAAAGUUUUUGGCUUAUAUAAGCGGACAAGCAUCAAUAUACUUUGUGGUCUUGAUUGGAGUUUUGAUACUAUGCCUGCUGGAUGCAAUUCGAGAAAUGCAGAAAUACUCAAACAUGGAUUCUUCUGACCAUCAACACUUGGAUGCCGAAAUGCAAGGUAACAUGCGAUUAUUCCGUGCACAGCGAAACUUUUAUAUUUCUGGAAUAGCCCUAUUCCUUCUUGUUGUGAUCCGUCGCUUGAUCCAAAUGAUUUGCGAGUUGGCCGGUCUAUACGCUCAAUCUGAAGCUAACUUCCGUCAGGCUCAAAGUGCAUCUGCUGCUGCGAGGACUCUUCUCGAUAAACAAGGUGCUGGUGAUGAAGUAGCAAAGAAAGAAGUUGAAGAUUUGAGAGCACAAAUUUUAGUGCUAGAAAAGGAAUUAGCUAAAGAAAAGAAGGAUAAAGAAGCUGUAAAAUCUCAAGCCGAAAGCCUUAAUCGUGAAUAUGACAGGCUCUCUGAGGAGCAUAGUAAGCUGCAGAAGAAAAUUACAAUUGCUGGAGGCGAUAAGAAAGAUGAU